AUGGAUGAAUUUUUCUUUUUCUCUUUUUCUCCCUUUUUCUCUCCUUCCCCUUUCUUUAUUCUCUCCUUCCCCUUUCUUUAUUCUCUCCUUCCCUUUCUUUAUUCUUUCCCUUUCUUUAUUCUCUCCUUCCCCUUUCUUUAUUCUCUCCUUCCCCUUUCUUUAUUCUCUCCUUCCCCUUUCUUUAUUCUCUCCUUCCCCUUUCUUUAUUCUCUCCUUCCCCCCUUUUUAUUCUCUCCUUCCCCUUUCUUUAUUCUCUCCUUCCCCUUUUUAUUCUCUCCUUCCCCUUUCUUUAUUCUCUCCUUCCCCUUUCUUUAUUCUUUUCCCCUUUUUUUAUUCUUUUCCCUUUCUUUAUUCCUCCUUCCCCUUUCUUUAUUCUCUCUUCCCCCUUUCCUCUCCUUCCCUUUUUCUCCUUCCCUUUCUUUAUUCUUUCCCCUUUCUUUAUUCUCUCCUUCCCCUUUCUUUCUUCUCUCCUUCCCCUUUCUUUAUUCUCUCCUUCCCCUUUCUUUAUUCUCUUUCCCCUUUCUUUAUUCUCUCCUUCCCUUUCUUUAUUCUCUCCUUCCCCUUUCUUUAUUCUCUCCUUCCCCUUUCUUUAUUCUCUCCUUCCCCUUUCUUUAUUCUCUCCUUCCCCUUUCUUUAUUCUCUCCUUCCCCUUUCUUUAUUCUCUCCUUCCCCUUUCUUUAUUCUCUCCUUCCCCUUUCUUUAUUCUCUCCUUCCCUUUUUUAUUCCUUCCCCUUUCUUUAUUCUCUCCUUCCCCUUUCUUUAUUCUCUCCUUCCCUUUUUUUUAUUCUCUCCUUCCCCUUUCUUUAUUCUCCCUCCCCUUUCUUUAUUCUCUCCUUCCCCUUUCUUUAUUCUCUCCUUCCCCUUUUUUUUUCUUCUUCCCCUUUCCUCUCCCCCCUUUCUUUUAUUCUCUCCUUCCCCUUUCUUUUCUCCUUCCCCUUUCUUUAUUCUCUCCUUCCCUUUCUUUAUUCUCUCCUUCCCCUUUCUUUAUUCUCUCCUUCCCCUUUCUUUAUUCUUCCCCUUCCCCCUUUCUUUAUUCUCUCCUUCCCCUUUCUUUAUUCUCUCCUUCCCCUUUCUUUAUUCUCUCCUUCCCCUUUCUUUAUUCUCUCCUUCCCCUUUCUUUAUUCUCAUUCUCAAGCCAAACAAUGUUACAAGAAAUGA